AUGCCGCAUACAGAAAAGGCUGGCGAGAGAAGACCCUCGCAGUCUAGAGGGAACCGCCUUAGCCAACUCUUCUCGUCGUCCCCCAAGGCUAGUCAACAGCCGUCUGCCCAGCAAGCCCUUAUGGCCAUGCAGAACGGCUCUAACCCUUCUAUUAUGGCUCCGGGUUUAUCCCUGCCCACUAUUUCCCUUUCUACGGCCACUGCUGGCGAGCUUAAUCAAGAUGAACCACCGACUACCUUGUUCCAACCUCCUUCUUCUACCGAAAUAUCACGUCAGAAACGGUUUGAUGCCCAGUUCGGGCCAUUGGUUGACCCAACCGACCGAUACGUCAGCAAACACCAUGGAGAACCUCUGGAAGCACCUAUUAUUGACGAGCCGCCGUAUUAUUAUGUCUUGACAACCUAUAUCAGCUAUCUCCUUCUCCUCGCCCUUGGUCACAUUAGGGACUUUUUCGGCAAGCGGUUCAGCAAGAAACAAACCUACAAGACUCUCCGUGUGGCUAAUGGAUAUGCACCUUUGAAUGACGAUUUUGAUAGCUUCUACACUAGACGGUUGAAGACGCGUAUAGACGAUUGCUUCGCAAGGACUAUUACUGGCGUGCCGGGCCGAUAUAUCAACGUUCUGAACCGUGUCUCGGAUGACUUCAAUGAGACUUACAGGUACACUGGUGGUGCGACGGAGACUCUGAACAUGAGCUCGUACAACUACCUUGGGUUUGCACAGUCUGAAGGUCCUUGCGCUAAUGCUGUCGAGGAGUGUGUGAAGAGAUAUGGUCUCAGCUUCUGCAGUCCUCGCGCUGAUUCGGGUACUUCUGAACUUGUCUGUGAGGUUGAGAAGGAGAUUGCGACAUUUGUUGGCAAACCAGCUGCCAUGGUUUUCUCUAUGGGUUUCGUCACAAACGCCAGCUCUUUCCCAGCUCUUGUUUCCAAAGGUUGUCUGAUCAUUUCUGAUGAGCUGAACCAUGCCUCAAUUCGGCUCGGUGCUCGCCUUUCUGGUGCUGUCAUUCGUUCUUUCAAGCAUAACGAUAUGCUAGACCUUGAGAGGAAACUGCGAGAAGCCAUUGCCCAAGGUCAGCCUCGAACUCACCGUCCUUGGAAGAAGAUUCUCGUCGCCGUUGAAGGACUUUACUCUAUGGAAGGUACUAUGUGCGAUCUACCUGGUAUUCUCAACCUUAAGGACAUUUACAAGUUUGCCCUCUAUGUCGACGAAGCCCACAGCAUUGGAGCCCUUGGUCCCAAGGGGCGCGGUGUCUGCGACUACUUCGGCAUUGACCCGAGCAGAGUGGAUAUUCUGAUGGGAACUCUGACAAAGUCUUUUGGUGCCAAUGGAGGUUAUGUAGCGGCCGAGAAGCACAUUAUCGAGAAGCUGAAGAGUUGCAACUCCGCUACCAUGCUGGGAGAGUCUCCCACCCCGGCUGUUCUGAUGCAGAUUCUGGCUUCGCUAAAGAUCAUUAGCGGUGAACUUGUUCCCGGUCAAGGCGAGGAACGCCUGCAGCGUAUCGCCUUCAACUCUCGGUAUCUUCGUCUCGGUCUCAAGCGCUUGGGUCUUAUCGUCUAUGGCCACGAUGAUUCUCCCAUUAUCCCUAUUGCUUUAUAUAACCCCGCUAAGAUCUCUGCCUUCAGCCAUGAGAUGCUCAAGCGUAGGAUUUCGGUUGUUGUCGUUGGGUAUCCUGCCACUCCACUAAUCAGCUCUCGUGCGCGUUUCUGUGUCUCGGCUGCACACAACAAGGACGAUAUGGACCGACUUCUAGCUGCUUGCGACGAGGUUGGAGAUAUCCUGCAACUCAAGUUUUCGACAGGAAUUGCUGGAGGUCUCAAGCCCCUGCCAGAAGGCGUUGCCCCGGAAAAUGAGAAGACACGGCAUAAUGCUAGCGGGUCUAAGGGCGUUAUCGAACCGCCUCGAUGGUCCCUCGAGGAGAUUAUCGCUCGUGGCUCUGAAGAUGCUAAAGUGAGAUUAAGAUAG